UGGUUCCCAGUCAAGCUGCAAUAGGGCUGCAUAACAACAUGAGAGGAGAUGCCCAUCCGGUGCUUACAGGCGAAAAACUGAAUGAACGAUUCAUCCAUGCUGCUAAAGAAAUGCCUGCGCUGGAAAAUGAUUACUGUCCCUUGUAAGCGCAGUUUUCAUGUGGGCCGGUCUUGGAUGAUUAUUGGUGGAAGAUGUGGUCCGAUGAUGCUAGGCGCAGGUCUUCGAUGACGCACAUGAAUGUACCUUGCAUUCCCGAGUUCUGCCCCUUUGCUUCGGAAUUGGGACUUUGCGAGGACUGCAUGGUACGGCUGCUGUUAGCAUACGGGCUUGCCGCCCACGGUGCGUUUGUCAGAUGACGGCACUUGGCACCAUCAUCGGGAGAAUCCUCUUCAAUAUAUAGGUGCUGCUGAGCACAUACCCAACCGCCUUUCCCACUUUCGUAGUUAUUCAGUGAUCACUAGCCAGGAUGGAUUACUUCGCAGAGUUCAGGCCUACCACUACCAUUUCUGUCAACCCUCCCGGGGGCACAAACACCCACCACCCGGGUCCUCACCAUUCUCACCAUUUGCCCUUGCCCACCGCACCUUUCCCAUCAGCUACCCCAAGGUUUUUACAUGCCACUCGUGUCGGCCAUGUCUCAGUCUGGGUAUUCACUGCAUUGUUCAUCGCCGGUUUGGUGGUUGCAUUGGUCUUAACUAGUAGGACUCAGAAGAAGAACCGUUUAUUCCAUGGUAUCUCUGCCGUCAUCCUCACCGUCUCCGCCUUAACCUACAUGUCCUUGGCGACCCAUAUCGGAUCCACCUUUGUUCCCAUUUACGGUCCUCCCGGUCACCACGAACCUCUCGUUCACUUCUUCCGUCAAGUAUUCUCGAUCCGCUACAUUGACGCUGCCAUCACUGGUCCUCUCACCAUUCUUGCUCUUUCUCGCUUGGCAGGAGUCAGUCCCGCUACAGCGUUGAGUGCCGCUCUCGCCCAGUUGGUUGUAGUAUACUCUGCUUGGGCUGCAAGUGUCGGUGGCGGUUGGCCGUGGGGUAAGCACGGGAAAGGUGCGGGGACCAAGUGGGCUUGGUUCGCAGUUGCCGAUCUUGCAUUCUUGGCCGUCUGGACCGUGCUUCUCGCCAAAGGUCGAAAAGCCUCCGUUCACAGAGCUCGCCCUACUCAAGGCUUGUUCUACCUUCUCUCCUCCAUGAUCAUCUUGAUUCACAUCGGCCAAGGCGUCAUCUGGAUCCUCACUGACGGCAUUAACCUCAUCAGUGUUAACGCUGAGAUCAUCAGCUACGGUAUCAUGGACGUUGCCGCCAAGAUCGGUUUCACUCACCUUCUUUUGUUGCUUCACAAGAGCGAUGAGGAGGGUCCUUGGACCUUGCCUGCUUGGUGGGCUGAAGACCCUGAAGGUGCCGGACCCGAUGGUCGAGGUAUCUAUGGGGCUGUUACCAGCGUUGGUUCUGACUAGUCCAUGAGUGGCAGUUGGUGGCCGAAACUGUGACGAAAGAAACCGGUGCUAGGAAAGAGAAGAGAAUAUGUAUGAUAGUAGAUGAAAAUGAGUGAUAAUGUCGCAAUGUACACGAACAAGAGAUGACUUAUGUUCAGCAAUUAUGCAGAUGUUCCUAU